GAUAGCCACCGGCUGUGAAGACAAAAACGUUCGUGUCUAUUAUGUAGCCACCAGCUCUGAUCUACCAUUGAAAGUAUUCAGUGGGCAUACAGCAAAAGUAUUUCAUGUUAAAUGGUCUCCUCUGAGGGAGGGAAUUCUUUGCAGUGGUUCUGAUGAUGGUUCUGUUCGAAUCUGGGAUUAUACUCAAGAUGCUUGCAUAAAUAUUCUUAGUGGACACACUGCACCUGUGAGGGGAUUAUUGUGGAAUACUGAGAUUCCAUAUCUACUAAUAUCUGGCAGCUGGGACUAUACUAUAAAAGUAUGGGACACUAGAGAAGGAACCUGUUUAGAUACUGUGUAUGAUCAUGGAGCUGACGUAUAUGGUUUAACAUGCCAUCCCGGUCGCCCCUUCACUAUGGCCUCUUGCUCCCGUGACUCUACAGUGAGACUUUGGUCAUUAACACCUUUAAUCACUCAUUUACAAAUAAAUAUUCUGGCAGACAGAUCUUGGGAAGAAAUUAUCGGGAACACUGAUUAUGCUAUAGAACAAGGCGCCCCUCCUCUCUUGUGUGGUAAAGUGUCGAGAGAUAUUAAACAAGAAAUAGAAAAACUAUCAAGUAAUCCUCGGGUCAAAAAACUAAGAUGGUUUUCAGAAUGUUUAUCACCUCCAGGUGGCAGUGACAAUUUAUGGAACUUAGUUGCUGUGAUAAAAGGGCAAGAUGAUAGCUUACUUCCUCAGAACUACUGCAAAGGAAUAAUGCAUUUGAAACAUCUGAUUAAAUUUAGAACGUCUGAAGCCCAGGAGCUAACAACAGUCAAGAUGUCUAAAUUUGGUGGUGGUAUUGGUGUACCUACUAAAGAGGAAAGACUGAAGGAAGCUGCUGAAAUACACUUGAGAUUAGGACACAUUCAAAGAUAUUGUGAACUUAUGGUUGAACUGGGAGAGUGGGACAAAGCCCUGUCAAUUGCACCAGGGGUCUCCGUGAAAUACUGGAAGAAGUUAAUGCAGAGGAGAGCUGACCAAUUAAUCCAGGAAGAUAAAGAUGAUGUCAUUCCGUACUGCAUAGCCGUUGGUGAUGUGAAAAAACUGGUCCAUUUUUUUAUGUCAAGAGGUCAGCUUAAGGAAGCUCUGCUUGUUGCACAGGCUGCAUGUGAAGGAAAUAUGCAAACCUUACAUGUUUCUACCCCUAAAGGAGCUUUAGAUUCUGAUGAAAUCUACAAGGAAGACUUUAAUGAGCUCCUGCACAAAGUCAGUAAAGAACUGGCAGAAUGGUAUUUUCAGGAUGGUCGAGCAGUACUAGCUGCAUGCUGCCUUCUAGCUAUAGAUAAUAUUGAGCUUGCUAUGGCAUACCUGAUUCGGGGAAAUGAACUGGAAUUGGCAGUCUGUGUGGGCACAGUACUAGGAGAGUCUGCAGCACCAGCAACCCACUAUGCCCUAGAUUUACUGGCAAGAAAAUGCAUGAUGAUUCCAGUAUGCUUUCCAUCUGUUGGAUACAGGAACUUGGCAGCUGAUCUUCUCCUGAUGAUUCCUGAUAACGAACUACAUUUAGUAAAACUCUGUGCUUUCUACCCAGGGUGUAUGGAAGAGAUUAAUGAUCUUCAUGAGAAGUGCAAGUUACCUACUGUAGAAGAAUGUAUGCAGUUAGCUGAGACUGCCCAAGCAGAUGGCAAUAUAUUUAAAACUAUAAAGUAUUAUUUGUUAAGUCAAGAACCUGAAAAAGCCCUUCCUAUUGGUAUUGACUUCAUCAAAGAAUACAUCAGUAGUUCAAAUUGGACUUUGGAUACCAUUUUCCCCGUUCUUGACCUAUUGAGUUAUAUUCGCACUGAAAAAUUAGUCUUGCAUACAUGUACUACAGCUCGAAAUGAGUUGCUGAUAUUAUAUGGUUAUGUUGGUGCAUUAUUGGCUAUCAGAAGACAGUACCAAAACAUUGUUCCAGCACUUUAUGAGUACACAAGUCAGCUAUUAAAACGUCGGGAGGUGUCAGUCCCUUUAAAAAUUGAACAUCUUUCUGAGGAACUGGAUGCAUGGAGAGCUUGCACACAGUUCACCAACCAAUCAUCAGAAGAAUCUCCGUAUACACCCCCUUCUGAUUCACAAAGAAUGGUUUAUGCAACUUUAUUAAAGAGACUAAAAGAAGAACCACUCAAAGGAAUUAUUGGGUCAGAUUAUGUGACUGGAUCAAACCUUCCAAGUCAUUCCGACAUUCAUAUCUCUUGUCUUACAGGACUAAAAAUCAAGGGCCCUGUAUUUUUCCUUGAAGAUGGGAAAUCUGCUAUCUCAUUGAAUGAUGCUUUGAUGUGGGCAAAGGUGAAUCCAUUCUCACCUUUAGGAACUGGAAUACGACUCAAUCCAUUUUGAGAGAAGAUUUUUUUCCAUGCUUAGUUGUUUUAUUUAAAGAAGAGCUUUUGUGGGUUAGUAUUACCUUAAUCUUGGUUGUCCAAGGACCAAAAGUUGGGAAGAGGAUUAGGGAUUGGGAAAAUAACAGUUAAUUUUAUUCAUUAACUUCAAGAAAUAAAAUACUUAUAUAAUUUAAAAGAAAAAUAGGUGACUCCUUUAUAGAAUGUAAUAGCCACAUUUGGGAGGAAGGUAAUAUUUAAAUUAUAAAGGACGAAAUAAUCUAAAAAGCAUAUAAAGUGUACAAAGUAUAAAAGGUACAAAAAUAUUAUAUUGUUGAAACAUUGAAACAUAAAAAAGUACAACUCCUAGAAUAGUGCUUGACAUACAGUAAAUACUUAAUGAAUAUUUGAAUGACCAAGUAUCUUGAAAUAAGGAAAUGUUAGGUAUGCACAGUUGAUAUUCAAGUUAACAAACACCUAUGUUGUCCUUUAUAAAGUGUAUAGUAAACAACUAGUUUUAGUUCAUAUUUAAUAAAAGUUUUCAGUUAUAAGUUUAGUAAACAUCAAUAAAUGGAUACACAGUCAAAAUACUUUUGAGUUUUAUUUUUAAAAAUUACCAAGUUUUUUAUCUGAAGUUCAACUGUCCAAUUAUAAAAGUAUAAGUUAUACAAACAUGAAAAAAAUUGGGGGAUGAAAAACACAAAAUGCAGUCAAAUAUAUAUGAGAAUUUUCAUUAGAUAAUUGACUUUCAAAAGAUAUUCAAUAUACAUGGAUAUUAGUUUUGAUUAAUGCAUUUAAUAUUUAUAUAAUAAACUCUAGUUUAUAUUAACUUUCUUAAAAAACACAAUUUAUGUGAUGAAAAUUAGUUUCAAAUAAAUUUCUAUAAGUAAAUAGGAUACUAGUUGAAAUUUUGGAUACAUUAUGAAAAUGUAAUUUUAAUAUUUAUUAAAAAUGUAAAGUUAUGAAAAGCCUGAUAUGUGACUACAAAUAUUUCAAUUGGACUAGAAUUCAGACCUUCAAAUUUAUGAAAGUAAUGCAUACUAGGAAGAAUAGUAUCUGAUACUCAAGUAGUUUUCCAGGAUUUAUAAUGUUGAUGUUUUUGUCUGACUAAAGAAGGAGCUCAGUUACUAGAAUAAUGUCGCUUUUAUCAUCUUCAAUUUUGUUGUAUUUUAAAUAUUUUUAAAACAUUUUUAAACAAGGUUCUUCAAAUUGAAAACAAUACAUAUUAUGUAUGUGUAUCAUAUCACACUGAGCACUUUUAACUCCUCAAAAAGACAUUACAGGCUUAAAUUUCAUUUUAUAAAAACAUAUAUUACAGAAGAGAAAAUAUGCAAAUCAGAGAUGCAAUGGGUAAUACAAAGUGUAUCUGAGAGGCAUUUUUUUUUUUUUUUAACUCUUAGUGAUAUCUGUAACUAAAAUUUUUUUUAGGUGAGCAGGAGUAUUAAUUGGCACUUAUAUACUAAAAUCCCCUGACGUAAAAAUGAGAGUCUAAAUUACACUGCCAUUCUUUUAAUUUUGUUUUAAAAUAGGUUAAUAAGCCUAUCUUUGUUGUGCUUUAAGUACUUCAAAGGACAUCAUUAAGUUUUAGUUAUACGUAUAUAAAAAAAUCAUUACCCUCUGCAUUUUUAAUGAAUGCAGGAAAAUAAUAUUAUAAAAUAUUCAUAAGUUUAGUAUGAAGAAAAAUUCAUAUAACUCUUAACACAUGAGUAUAACAAAAGAGUAACCUAAUUUCUGACUAAAAUCUAAAUUGGAUUGAUUCAACUACUAUUAUUCUUUGACUUCUACAAUGUUCUAUAAUAUUAUAACUAUUCUUCAUAGAAUUAUAAGUAUAUAUCAUUUAACUAUGUCAAUCUGUAUACAUUGUGCCUUAAUAUGAAAAAGAAUUUUUUUUUAAAUUUAUAAAAGUAUUUUUCAUUGUUAGAUUUCAUAUGCAUAAAAACCCAAAGAAACAAUAUGAAUUUAUUUUAUUAUUUGAAGAUGUCCAUAUUACCAGUAAGUGGACAAAUUAUUUUGCAGGUUUAAAUAUGCCUUUAUGUAGGAAGAGAGUCUCAUUAGACAAUGAUUUUUUAAGAAUUGUAAAAAUAUUUUACCUAUAAAAGUUACUACAUGGUUAACAAAAUUACAAAUCAAAAUGAGUUACAUUUUGUGAAAAUAUGUGAUUUUUAUAUUAAUCAAAUAAAUGGGAUAUAUACAUAUAAUUCUAUGAAAUCAAUCAAAUGUUUUCAGAAACGUGGUUGCAAUAGAGCGGAUUUUAUUGUCCUUCUAACAAGAAAAUUUACACUUUUCUGCUUUUAAGUCAAAAGGCAUUAUAAAUAUAGUGAAAGCCUCACAAAUUAUUUGUAAGAUUUAGUGUUUUAUAUUUAGUGUACCAGUAAUACAGAAGAUAUCUUUAUAAUCUACUCUUAAUAAAUGCUUAUUGUACCAAAUCUUUGAGACAAUUGUACCUAAAUAAUUGAAAUAUGUACUUUUAUGCUCAAUUUAAAUACCAUAUAACUGUACUAUAUUAUGGCAUAUCAUUAUUUAGAUCUAUAUGUAUAUAUGUAUUUUAGGUCCCUUAAAUUUUAAUGAAUACUUCUAUUAAUGCCUGAUGAGACAUAAUUAACUGCUAAGAUGAGCGGAAGUCUUGUCCCUAAACCCACCCUUGAGAGAUACUGUUUCUUCAUAAGUGCUAGAUCAGAGUCAUCAGAGGUAUAAAGGACUAAGCUGUCCAUCUGAGUUGUUACCUCGGUCAGAAACCUAGGAAAAUCACUUCAUAGGAUUAUUCCAGAGGCCAGUUCUCCACCUGUAAGAAACACUGACUACAAUGUACCCCAAAAUUUGUAUAAAAAGGGAAAAGCACUUACUAAUUAAUACCAGUACAAACAGCAUUUCACAGUAGCUUCUAUUCCCAUGAUAAGCAUUCUGCAAAUUGAUUGAUCUGUUCCUAUGGGGGCUGUUAUAGCUCCUUGAAAAGUUCACUGCUUCCUUCCAUCAAAGAUCCUUUAUGAAGUAAAUGGUCUUCCUAAAAUAUGCCUGUAGAGUUGUCUUCUGGUGACAGAACUCAUCCUCAAGAAGCUCUUGAGGUUACCCACUUUGAACCCUCCUUGCUAUCUUAAUUUACUUAUAAAUGAAGCCUACAGACCAUAGAUUCCACAGGAGUCUUGGGAACUUACCAUGGUCAGGCCAUGAGUGGACUGAUUAGCUAUUGCAGGAAAUUGAACACCAAACCAAGAGAAACUUACUAUUUGACUGUUCACCCAAAGCUAAUCCUCUUCUCUGGAUCUCUUCCACAGCUGAGCUUCAGAGACUUGUUUCUAAAACCCUUUCCUAAGGAACUACAUUUUACAGGUUAAAAAAUUAUUCUCAUAAUUUUAUACUUUAGAUUGUUCUACUCAAAUGCAAGACAACAGGUAAAUUACCUGCAGCUUGUUAAAAUAUGCAUUUGAACUAGAUCUCUUACCUCAGGUAAAAUUGGAUUCUGAACACAUUCCCAAGAAGUUAUCUAUAUCAUCAGGGCUCUGCUUAAGUUCUUUUAUUAGAUAUUAUCUUUCCAAAAAUAUAAAACUUAAUUAGAAAGUCUCUGGAGGUAUUAAUGCUAAUAAUUUAUUUGAACCUUCAAAAAUGCAGAAAAACUGAUAAGUAAGACUGUUAAGUUUAGCUGGAAAUUGAUGUGCAUGUUGUGGGAUUCAGCAUCCGUAAUAUUCAUCUUGGAGGUUGAAUAAAAUAGUAUUAAAACAUGAAUAAUUCCAGUUGAAAAAAGUUUUCCACAAAUGAAUAUAAAAUUACCAAGAAUAUAUGCAAGAUAGUCUUUCUAGAUAUUAAUCUGUUUCUGUAAAAAAUAUAGACAUGGCAACAAUCAGUAGGAAUUUUUUAAUUGGACUAAAUGGAUUGCUAAACACCAGAACCAAAUUCCAAGGAAAGCAAUGUUUUUUUUCCCUCCACACUCUUUAUCAACAGAAAGGAUACCUAUUUUUUCUUAAAUGGUUUAAAUUAAGGCUGUUCAUGGAGAUGAGCAAGAUUUUCUGUGGACCAAUGUAUAAUAAUAAGUAUUCAGAAUAAAUUUUUAUUAAUGAAUGAGUUGUGUAAAUAUAUAAUAUCAGGCAAUUAAUUUCUAAUGAGGAAACCUAUUACAAAGUAGAUUCACUAUUUUUUCAAAUAUGUGUAUUUUCAGAUAUGGUGUAUAUCAUUAUGUAUAACUGUACCUUUAAAAUCAUUUUUGCUCAUUAUGUACUAUUUAUUUCAUUUUGUAUUUUCAACAGAACCUGGUUUUAAUAAAUAGUGUUUACUAAA